AUGUCUUGCUACGACCUGUGCUCCACCUCUGCCUGCGGCGUCUACCGCCCCCAGCCCCUCGCUCAGCUGCAACACGAGCCAUGUGUCCGUCAGUGCCCUGACUCCAUGACUGUGAUCCAGCCGCCUCCAGUCGUUGUCACCUUCCCCGGCCCCAUCCUCAGCUCUUUCCCCCAGGAGUCAGUUGUGGGAUCCUCUGGAGCCCCCGUCCUUGGGCGCGAUGGGGGCUAUGGCUCCCUGGGCUAUGGCUCCCUGGGCUAUGGGGGUCUGUAUGGCUAUGGGGGCUAUGGCUCCCUGGGCUACGGGGGUCUGUACGGCUAUGGGAGCUCUCUUGGUUACAGGGGUCUGUACGGCUAUGGUAGACCCUAUGGCUCUGCCUAUUGCAACCCUUACUCCUACUGGUACAACAGGUACAGCCUUGGCAGCUGCGGGCCCUGCUAA